GGACCCGGGGGGCGGGUCCUUGGGCCUUGUAGCUCCCGGGCCCGGACGCGCGCUCGCAGGCCCGCGCGAGGACGCGCUCCGGGGACGCGCGAGGACGCAGUGGCGGGAGAAGCGUUUCCGGUGGCGGCGGAGGCUGCACCGAGCCGGACCUGCGAGCAGCGCGGGCGGCAGCCCGGGGGAAGCGUCCGGGACCAUGUCUGGAGAACUACCACCAAACAUUAACAUCAAGGAACCUCGAUGGGAUCAAAGCACUUUCAUUGGACGAGCCAAUCAUUUCUUCACUGUAACUGACCCCAGGAACAUUCUGUUAACCAACGAACAACUAGAGAGUGCGAGAAAAAUAGUACAUGAUUACAGGCAAGGAAUUGUUCCUCCUGGUCUUACAGAAAAUGAAUUGUGGAGAGCAAAGUACAUCUAUGAUUCAGCUUUUCAUCCUGACACUGGUGAGAAGAUGAUUUUGAUAGGAAGAAUGUCAGCCCAGGUUCCCAUGAACAUGACCAUCACAGGUUGUAUGAUGACGUUUUACAGGACUACGCCGGCUGUGCUGUUCUGGCAGUGGAUUAACCAGUCCUUCAAUGCCGUCGUCAAUUACACCAACAGAAGUGGAGACGCGCCCCUCACUGUCAAUGAGUUGGGAACAGCUUACGUUUCUGCAACAACUGGUGCUGUAGCAACAGCUCUAGGACUCAAUGCAUUGACCAAGCAUGUCUCACCACUGAUAGGACGUUUUGUUCCCUUUGCUGCCGUAGCUGCUGCUAAUUGCAUUAAUAUUCCAUUAAUGAGGCAAAGGGAACUCAAAGUUGGCAUUCCUGUCACAGAUGAGAAUGGGAACCGCUUGGGGGAGUCGGCGAACGCUGCGAAACAAGCCAUCACGCAAGUUGUCGUGUCCAGGAUUCUCAUGGCAGCCCCUGGCAUGGCCAUCCCUCCAUUCAUUAUGAACACCUUGGAAAAGAAAGCCUUUUUGAAGAGGUUCCCAUGGAUGAGUGCACCCAUUCAAGUUGGGUUAGUUGGCUUCUGUUUGGUGUUUGCUACACCCCUGUGUUGUGCACUGUUUCCUCAGAAAAGUUCCAUGUCUGUGACAAGCUUGGAGGCGGAGUUGCAAGCUAAGAUCCAAGAGAGCCAUCCUGAAUUGCGACGUGUGUACUUUAAUAAGGGAUUGUAAAGCAGGGAGGAAACCUCUGCAGCUCAUUCUGCCACUGCAAAGCUGGUGUAGCCAUGCUGGUGAGAAAAAUCCUGUUCAACCUGGGUUCUCCCAGUUACAGAAACCUUUUAAAGAUCCACAUUAGCCUUUUAGAAUAAAGCUGCUACUUUAACAGAGCACCUGGCGUGGGCCAAGUGCCUGAUACUCCCUUACAUUGAAUCAUGUUAUGAUUUAUAGAAAUACCCUUCCUGUAGCUUUUAUAGUCAUUGUUUUUCAAAGACAAUAUACCAGCCCUCACCCAGGGUUUUAAAAAAGCACUGGUAGACAUAGAAUAGGUGCUCAGUAUAUGGUCAGUAAAUGUUCUAUUGAUUAUCAAUCAGUGAAAAAAGAAACCUGUUUAAAAUACUGAAUUUUCAUCUCACUCCCAUUGCAAAUCAAGGAGAUCUCAGCAGUGAACUGGGAAAAUACAAAAGCUCUGGGCUAAUCUAUAAAAACUUACCCCGAAAUAUUAAGGGCAGUUUGCUUCUAGUUUGGGGAUUGUGCUGGCCCAAUGAAGGUGAUGAAGUUUUUGAAUUUGGAGGGUAAAAGCUCCUUCACACCCCUUCCAAAAGUCAGUCACAGACCACUGCAACAUGUCUUCCCUGCUGGAUCAUUAUAUACAUUCAGAUUGUGGGUGGAUUGCCUUGGUUGACUUUUAAUUUAUUGUUUUAUGUUCUUAUAAAGAUGAUAAUCUUACCUUGCAGUUAUUGACUUUAUAUUCAAUUAUUUACAUCAAAUAAUGAAAUAACUGAAAUGUACAAAUGUCAAAUUUUGGAAGUAUAUUCAAUACCAAUGCUAUAUAAGUGGGCUGAAUCCAGUUCAUUGGUUUUUUUUGGUAAGAAGUAAGACUACAGUUCCAGCUACCUACAUGUCUUUUCUUGUCAUCCUUAUAGAUCUCUUUGGCUUUCAGAAAGAUACAGUGAUAAUGUGUGUAUGAAUCAGUCACAAUGAAUUUUACUUGAAUAUUGUAUGUUGCAUUCCACUUCAUUUGAAAAUAAUGAAACCAUGUACCACUGUUUACAGCAUCUGUAGUGAUUUCACAGAUAAUAUAUUUAAUGUAACAGAUUAUGUUUCAACUCUGUAGAUGUUUAACGUCAUAGACAGUCGGCCCUCUGUAUCCGUGAGCUCUGUAUCUGUGAAUUCAACCAAGUUUGGAUGGAAAAUAUAUAUUUUUUUUUUUGAGACAGAGUCUCGCUCUGUCACCCGGGCUGGAGUGCAGUGGCGCAGUCUCGGCCCACUGCAAGCUCCGCCUCCCGGGUUCACGCCAUUCUCCUGCCUCAGCCUCUCCGAGUAGCUGGGACUACAGGCGCCCAGCACCACGCCCGGCUAAUUUUUUUGUAUUUUCAGUAGAGACGGGGUUUCACCGUGGUCACGAUCUCCUGACCUUGUGAUCCGCCCGCCUCGGCCUCCCAAAGUGCUGGGAUUACAAGCGUGAGCCACCGCACCCGGCCUGAAAAUAUUUUUAAAAAGAUAAAAAAUAUACAUAACAAUGAAAAAUAAUGCAAAUUUAAAAACCAAUACAGUAUAACAACUAUUUACAUAGUGCUUACAUUGUAUUAGGUGUUAUAAGCAAUCUAGAUAUGAUUUAGCAGGUAUACAGGAGGAUGUGCCUAGGUUAUAUGCAAAUACUGUGCCAUUUUAUAUCAGGAACUUGAGCAUCUGCAGAUAUUGGUAUCGGAGGGCGGUCCUGGAGCCAAGCAUCCACGGAUACUGAGGGGUGACGUUUCAUGAAGUGUAGAUCGUUGUAUUCAGAGAUUGUAAAUGACAAAAAUAUAGAAACUAUUUAGUUUUGGCAGAUUUUUUUUCUGACAAUGUGACCAGACUGAAUUUCCUCAUAAAGAAAAAAUGGCGUGC